CUAGGUGUAUCCUGUACCCUACCUGACUGAGUCUACUUCAGACAGAUACCAUGGAGGCACCUCCAGUCACCAUGAUGCCUGUCACUGGGGGCACCAUUAACAUGAUGGAGUACCUGCUUCAGGGGAGCGUUUUAGAUCACAGCUUGGAAAGCCUUAUCCACCGCCUUCGUGGUUUGUGUGAUAACAUGGAACCUGAGACUUUCCUUGACCAUGAGAUGGUAUUCCUCCUUAAGGGCCAGCAGGCCAGCCCGUUUGUUCUCAGGGCCCGGCGCUCUAUGGAUAGGGCAGGGACACCUUGGCACCUGCGCUACCUGGGACAGCCAGAAAUGGGAGACAAGAACCGCCAUGCCCUAGUGCGAAACUGCGUUGACAUUGCCACGUCUGAAAACCUCACUGACUUUCUGAUGGAAAUGGGCUUCCGCAUGGACCAUGAAUUUGUUGCCAAGGGACACUUAUUCCGUAAGGGCAUCAUGAAGAUUAUGGUGUACAAGAUUUUCCGCAUCCUGGUGCCAGGGAACACAGACAGCAUUGAGGCCUUGUCGCUCUCCUAUCUUGUGGAACUAAGUGUUGUUGCACCAGCCGGGCAGGACAUGGUCUCUGAUGAUAUGAGGAACUUUGCUGAGCAGCUGAAACCUUUGGUUCACCUAGAGAAAAUAGACCCCAAAAGGCUUAUGUGACUAAGAGGGGCUGGGCAUCACCACUGGGGCCUGUCCUCACCUGUUACAAAAAAGAAG